AUGGCCCAACCAGACUCAUUCUCGAAUCUCCACACUCGUAAACAACCAAUGCAAUACAAUUCGACGUCAGGUGUUGGCAAUAUGCCACAGUUCUCGUCGCAGCCUGCAAUGGGGCAACAGCGGAUGCCACAGCGCAGACCUGCCCAUCAAUUCUUUCAGAAACCUACCGCUUCGGCAGCUCCAGUACAGCCUUUGUUACAUAAUGUAGGACCUUCUAAUCAGCAGGCCGGUGCUGCUGCCUUCCCUCAGGACGCUCAUCCUCCGGUGUCGAAUAUGGCUCCGUCUCAGCAGUUUCAAUCAAUGCCAACAGGCUUCCAGCACCGUCAUACGGUGCAUGGAAAUAACUUUGAUGGAUAUGGCGGCGGAAAUGCUCCGGACCAUACGCUGCAGAGUGGCAGCAAUCCACAUCUGCAUGUGCAGUAUCCUCAGCAAGUGCAACAGGCUGAUUUUAUUAAUCAGUUUUCCAGCAACCCGAUGGCAGGACUGGCAAUGAACAGUGCACAGGAUUUCCUCCAGAAGCAAUCAGAGAUGUACCUUCCGGGAGCUUAUGGCGUUUGGGGCAGCCUCAAAUACUAUUUUACUGUCAACAACUCUUACGUCAAGAGUCGUCUUAAGAUCUUGCUGCUUCCAUUUCGACACAAGAACUGGCGCCGUAUAGGCAACGGCGAGCAAGAUGAAUCAAAGCCGAUGCAGUACGCCCCUCCGACUUGUGACAGCAACGCACCAGAUCUCUACAUCCCGUUGAUGGGCUUUCUCACCUACAUACUGAUUGUAGGCUAUUCCAAGGGCACUUCAAACCAGUUCAGCCCAGAUGUGAUCUCCAAGGAUGCAAGCUACUGUCUUGUGAUGCAGCUGAUCGAAAUCGGGGUACUGGCCGCCUGCCUUUACGUGCUAAACAGCUCCAUCUCGUUCCUUGAUUUGGUAUCCUUUUCCGGCUACAAGUAUAUUCCGUUAGUAAUUAAUACGGUCGUCUUUCAGCUACUCGGCUCCAUCGCCUAUUACGUGUCGCUUCUGUACACUGGUGUUGCUGUGUCAUACUUUACGCUCAACUGCAUGAAAGGAAGUGUAGCUGAACCAACUCCUGAAAACCGCCUUUUUCGAAACUAUCUGCUCUUUGGUGUUUCGUGUUUGCAGCUUGUCCUAGUGUGCUGGAUUUCUUACACCACCGCACCUGGCGAGUAG